AUGGAUAUAAGCAAUAAAACGGAAACAUCAGCAGAACAACUAAGUUGCGAAAACUGCACUAAAGCUAACAUUACAAAAGAAACAUCGGAAUCACCAUCAUACAACAUCGCAUGGCUAACCGAGAUUCCAUUUGUAGCACAGCAAGUCGAAAGUGCAUCAACUCAGUCGAAACCUAAUGGUAUCGACUGGGCUGCCGAAUUACCUCUGGGUUCAAGCUUCUCUUUUGAAUCGUCAAUACAUCUUGCAGAUGUGGCCGUUAUCGAAAAACAAUUAUCGACAACAUCAGAUAACACAAUAGCUCCACUUAGUCCAAACGGUAGAUAUCAAUUCGCGAAAGAAACAACCGAAGUUACCAACCAAGAGAUUUGUUCAAACUCGUCUGAGCAAGAAUUAUUAGAGCACAAGAAAAUUGAAAAUGUUUCGCCACAGAAUAGUGGCUCAUAUCCGCUGCAAUCGGUUCAGCAUUAUGCCGGAAACAAGUCACAAGUCGAGGUGUAUAUGACAGCAGAAGCAAAUCCUGACCAAUAUCCUGUUGAUGACAAUUCAGCUGGAAAUAUUGGCAGUCUUGCUUUGCAUCUAUUGGCAAAUGGCUGCUCAACUAUUUAUACCGAUGGGAAGACCAUAACACGAGAAGAACCAACUGCUGAAGUAGAACCAUCCUCUACUCAACUAUUAACAGAAGAUGCAUUGAAUCAGAUUUGUGUAAAGUUAGAUUGUACUGGUGAUAAACCCUAUGAAUUGGCAAAAUACUUAAAAUUAAGUAAAAUUAAUAUAAAUGCCAUCAAAUGUCAUGCACAAUCUAUUAGUCCAUAUACAAAGCAUCAGUUAACGAUGAGAGAAGUUCUGAUGUGUUGGCAUCAAAAGCAAGGAGAUAAACCGUAUUGUCGUGAACUGUUUCGCGCUCUAGUUCAAAUCGACCAAAGGGAAGUAGCAGUAUAUUUAAGAGAUAUGGUAGAAGAAUCCCAUCCGAACCCAUCCUCAAAUAUAUCAUCACACUCUGCAAACAUGAUUCAAUCCUCUAAGUAA